AUGGAAGUUCAAACGCAACUUCUUCAUCACAAUCCAUAUGACAUCGUGAAAUCGGAACCAGUCGCCGAUUCCCCUCCAAAAAUUCUGGAAAGGAAGAAUUCAUUAUGCUCAUCAUCUGAUAUGAUUUUUGGAGUUUCCAACUUCAUUCCGAACAACUUCUGUUCCUCCAAUAGCAGUAACUCAUCAAAUAAUAAUAACAACGAGCACGUUGUCAACAACAACAAUAACAACAACAAUAAUAAUAAUAACAAUAAUGUGAAGUUACCUAAUGAUUAUUUUAAAGGAAGAAGUUUAGCUGCCGAUCGUAAAAGACCUUAUCCAUGCAACCUCUGUCCAUCUCGAUUUGGAAGUAAAAUGGAAUUGGAGGAACAUCAGAACAGCCAUACGGGAAUGAAACCUUUCGAAUGCGAUGUUUGUAAAGCACGGUUCAAUAGACGUUCAACUCUGUGGAAUCACAAGAGAAUCCAUUCUGAUGCCAAGCCAUUUGUAUGUACAGUUUGUCAGAUGACGUUCAAAUGGAAGAAUAGUUUGAAGUGUCACAAAGAGAUGCAUCUUCGAAAAAACGAAUCUUCGGCUCACUUAGACAAUGAUCUCAGGCAAUUGACCUAUGCCACUGCUGCGAAAAGAAGAUUGUUACAAGAGCAGGAAAAUGGAGGAAACACGGCUACAUCAUGUUCGAGUUCCAUUCAUAGUCAACCGCUCAUCACGACAACAACGCCGAAAAAGAAAACAAAAUCCUCUACGCACAAUAGUUUGUCGAAUGUUCAUGCCAAUAAUAUUCAGCAACCUCUACAAGCUAGCGCUUUGAUCCCUCCUUCUGAUCAUACCCUUGAUAUAGAUUCAUCUUCGUUAGACACUCUUGUUGGAGGACAUCAAGGAAAUUUGUUCCUCCAUAUGUAUGGAGAUGUGCCGAUCCUUGGUGAGGUUGAUUCCCGUCAUCCCAUGCUGUCAGGCUUAGAUGAUCCAUCCAUGCUUAGCUCUCAAAUUAACUCAGACAAAUCUGAUUUGUUUCAGUCUCCGAUGGGAACAGCAGCUCCUAUCAAUGUACAUUUGCCCAUGCAGAUAAAUAUGUUCAAUUUCCGACCGGUUCAGCCUCAACUUCCAUCAGUUCAUCAUUUAACAUCUACCUCAUUGUCCUUAGAUUAUGGUGGACAACAAACAGAAAAUAACUUGAGUCAUCCACAGUAUAUAGUGGCAACUCAGCCAGACAUGAUGAUCUCUCAACACAGUCUUGGAUAUCCACAACAAUUGGACCAAUGUGUUAACUCCAUUCUCGUAGCUGGACAGGAUUAUGUGCCCAACUUCGAUUAUCAGAUGCUGUCAAGUAACUACCAAAUGCAGCAAUCAGAAGUUGAUGAGCAACAGUCUCAACAAACCGUUCCACCACAAAACUCCGAUGAACUCAUAGAUGAAAAGUCCUUGCCAUAUGAGCAGUGGUAA